CACAUUGUUCUGUAUUUUUGCACUGUAGACUAAAACAUUGUUGUGCAUUUCUGCACUGUAGACUAUAAUAUCCUCCUAAUAUAGUUUGAAUAUGGGUAUAGCAACUCAAACAAGGGUUCGGGCUCGAUCCCCAAAACGAGGACUACGCCAGCUAUCUUGGUUGGUUCACUGCAUGGAAGGAUAUCCAAGGCGGCAAGCAGCCAAGCACUGUCUGUUCGAGCCCGGCGGCCGGAGCCAAGCUUUUGGCCUUUUGGCUAGAAGAAUCAGCUAGGAAGGUCGGUUGACUGUCUUCUCUGUCCCAGCUGUUUUCUUCGUUUGGGCACCCUAGUUUGAGUAGCUUCUAUCUUGCCGCUGCUGUGCUAUAUCUGCUGCAUGCCACUUCUCCGAUCCAUCCAUCACCGUCCGUGAGUGAUCGAUCGAUCGGCGCCGUCGUACGUUCGCCGGCCGCCGGCGAUGGACGCGGAGGACGAGCGUGACCUGUUGAAGAAGAUACGGGCGCUGGAGGAGGGCCAGGCCGAGCUCAAGCGACAGGUGUCCAAGCUCCAGCGGCGUCCGGACCGGGACCGCCGCGGCGGCUCCUCCUCGUCGUCGCAGCCCGCCGACGCCGCCACCGAGUCCUCGCCAUCCAGUCGCUGGGGCAGGUCGCUCACGUCCUCGACCUCCACGGGAAGGUCCUCUACUGUGGGAUUCUUCCAUCCUGCAUGAAAUUUGAUACAAACCGAUCUGCAUGGUUGCUUUUCCUCGACGGGUACCAUCCAUGAACCAUGCAUGAUCCAUCCAGGAACCCGCGGAACGCCGAGCGUCUGAACCGCUACACGUCGGCUGAAGCCGUCGGGCAGGACAUCACGAGGCUGAUCGUCCACGCCGACGACAGUGUUGCCAUUUGCAGAGGAUGGUAGAGAAUAGACCAUGCUGACAAAGACACACCAUGGCAACAUGUUGCCAGAACUGCUUAUGCUUAUAGAAGGGGCAGUGGAUGAUUAAAAGUGGAUUUUUUUUCUCUCUCUCUCUAAGAGCUUUGUGUAACCGUGUUGCAUUGGACUGGACAAUUCAAACCCAAUUACUCCGAUUCAAAAAGUUUGGUUCUGCGGCCACCCAACAGCAAAGCAGGGGUAGAUUACAAGGAUGACCAUUUCAAAAGAAAAAAAAAA